AUCGUCUUUGUCUGUUCGUUUAACACCUGCGGUUGUAUUUGUUUAUUUUAUCUAUUUUUACGUGCAAGUGUUGGCAGGUACUAACACUGUUUCUCUGAUCAUCUUACGCAAACAAUAACUCAAGCCCAACAUUUAACUCUACUACAUUUUUUAUUUUAUUAUUGUGUAUACGCAAACACUGAUUUGUUCCGAGUACUUAUUUUAGAGCAAGAACUGCGACCUUUGUUAUCAGAAUUAGUAAUAAUAACGCUAUUAUCACCGGUUUAAAUAAUAUAAAAAGGAAAUGCAAUUAGAUGCCAGCAAAAAGUACUGCACUCAUUCUUCUUUUAAUGAAUUUUUAUUUGUGUUAUAACUAUUACAGUACAAUAAAAAUUACCUUAAAAAUUUCCGACUUUUAUUCGUUAUCCGUUUAUUAAAAUUUAGUAAACUUUCUAAACCAACAAGAGGCACGUUUCUGCCAUUAACUCAUUAGCCUUUCGAAGUUCAGUCGAUAUUUGUUUUUAUCAAAAUGCGGGUGUGGUAGCAGACUAGCUUACUAUACAUGUUUUUAAUAUUGUUCCACAUUUUAACCACACUGACGAUAUGAGAAUCCUCAAUCGAUACCUCUGUUGCGCCCCAGACUUUUCCGACAAUCCCCCGAAAAACAAGCCUCGAAUCAUAAUACCUGAAAGUUCACUCGAAUCGCCAGUUUGUGAUACUCAACCAAAUCAUAACGAAUCUAGUCAUAAAAGUAGCGAAUGUCGUAAAAAUAAAAUAUCGUGUCGUAUCCCUACGAUUUAUUUCAACGACGGCAUGAGAUCGGUUGAUUUUGUCCUCGUAUGGGACGCCUUCAGAGAGGACGCCACCACACCAGAAGCUUACCAAAAACGUAAACUUUUUGAAAAUAAUUUAGUCAGGGACGGACUUGAAUUGGAAUAUGUGCCGCAAGAAAGCAACGGUUUGAAUUUUAUUAAAAUUCAUGCACCAAAAGAAGUGCUGCGGAGGUAUAGCGAGAUCUUGAAGUUGCGCAUGCCGAUGAGAGAGGAGUUGUGUAAAUUGCCGAGAGAGUUCCGUCACAAUCGUUUGUACAAUGCCACUGCCUUUAUUCGUCAGAUGCCGGCGUUUCGCCAAAUGCAUUCGAGGACUAAUUUCAUAGUCGAAGGCAUUACAAGUCAGUGGGAUAAGCUCAAGAGUUACGUUAUCGUCGACUCGGAGAAAUUUCCCGAGAAAGACCAACGCUUUACAGCGAUUUAUAGCCGAGACAGAGAAUAUUUAUUCGAUGUUGAUUCCCCUUGUUUCUUCACUCCGGCCAUUCACUCACGAAUCGUUCAAUUUAUUUUGGACAGGAAAAGGUUCAGUGACAACCACCAUGACGACUUUGCCUUCGGCAUUGAGCGGCUUUUGAAUGACAGUGUCUACAGUGCGGCGUAUCCUCUACAUGACGGCGACUUGCGAGAGCCUGGCUCGCUGCGCUACCUCCUCUACAACGAAUGGACAGCUCUCAGCAAAUGGUACCGCUACCAGCCCCUCGACUACGUCAAAGAGUACUUUGGCGUGAAAAUCGCGCUUUAUUUCGCCUGGUUGGGUUUUUACACCCACAUGUUGCUCCCAGCGGCCGUCGUAGGCUUAGCAUGUUUCAUCUAUUCGUGCGUCACCCUGUAUUACAACAAACCAAGCGAAGAUAUUUGUAACGGUAACUUCACCUUCAAAAUGUGUCCAUUAUGCAACCACUGGUGUAACUAUUGGGAUUUGAAAGAGACGUGCACUCACGCCAGAAUCACCUAUCUGUUCGAUAACGCAACGACCGUAUUUUUUGCAAUUUUUAUGUCAUUUUGGGCGGCGCUAUUUCUCGAAUUGUGGAAGCGAUACUCGGCGGAAAUCACACACAGGUGGGAUUUGACAGGUUUUGAUAUACAGGAGGAGCAUCCGAGGCCGCAGUAUUUGGCAAGGCUUGCGCAUGUUAAAAGACAGGAAGUUAAUGUCGUUACGAAUAUUAUGGAACCGCAUGUGCCCUUCUGGCGGCUGCGGGUCCCCGUGACCAUUUUUAGUUUCUCGGUUGUUAUGUUACUGGUCACUUUGGCCUUAGCUACUGUGGUAGCUAUAGUUGUCUAUCGCAUGUCAGUCCUGUUCGCUUUGAGGGUCUAUGCUGAUACGGUUGAUAACAGUCAAGCUAUUCUGUUUACAACUUGUACCGCAGCUUGUAUUAAUUUAUUUUGCAUUGUAAUUUUUAAUUGGAUUUACAACUACGUGGCUGAAUACUUGACAGAGUUCGAGCUUUUGCGUACGCAGACCGAAUUCGACGACUCCUUAACGCUCAAAAUCUAUCUUCUCCAAUUCGUGAAUUAUUACGCUUCCAUUUUUUACAUAGCGUUUAUAAAAGGCAAAUUUAUCGGCUCCCCUGACGAUUAUUCAAAGUUAUUUGGGUUUAGGCAAGAAGAGUGUGGUCCUGGCGGGUGCCUGAUGGAACUCUGUAUCCAGCUAGCCAUAAUCAUGAUCGGCAAGCAAGCCAUGAAUACGGUCCUGGAAAUGCUUUUUCCACUAUUUUACAAAUGGCUAAACACUGUUAAAGUCAAGACUGGACUUUCCAAAGACCCGUCGUAUAAAAAAUCGCGGCCUCAGUGGUUGAAAGACUAUAAGCUAGUCGAGUGGGGCCCUAGAAGCCUCUUCCCCGAAUACCUCGAAAUGGUUUUGCAAUAUGGCUUCGUAACAAUCUUCGUAGCGGCUUUUCCCCUGGCGCCGUUUUUCGCUCUGUUGAACAACGUCCUUGAGAUGCGUCUCGACGCCCGAAAAUUGAUAACAUUUUAUCGGCGACCGGUCAGUCAGAGAGUCAAAGACAUCGGGGUUUGGUACCGGAUUUUAGAUUCGAUUGGGAAACUUUCAGUUGUGACAAAUGGCUUUAUUAUUGCGUUUACGUCCGAAUUCAUCCCGCGUAUCAUAUACACAAUGUACGUAAGCAAAGAUCACAGUCUCACCGGAUACUUGAACUUCUCCUUGUCUUACUUCAACACAUCUCACUUCCAAAACGAAUCGGCGCCUCGCAAUUACGCCUCUGAGGCGAUAUGCAGAUACCCCGAUUUCCGGCAACCCCCCGAGUCAUCUCAACGGUACCAACCCACGGCCAUCUACUGGCACAUUUUGGCGGCGCGUCUAGCGUUCGUCGUUGUCUUCGAAAAUAUCGUAGCUUUUAUCAUUAUUAUAAUAAAAUGGUGUAUUCCUGAUAUACCGGGUGAUUUAAAAGACCGCAUCAGACGUGAGGCUUACAUUACGAACGAAAUUAUUAUAAAACAGGAGACCAUCAGGGCACAGAACGGCUAUUUGUAUCCGUCACCUACCAUUAAGAGAGAGUUUUUGCAUAAUAUGAGUGAAUGUCCCGCCACACCUGAACAGUGGGAUAGGCUGUUGAGUCGGUCGUUGGAAGGGCCUGAUUUUGAUUUGAUGGUUCAUGCCGAAGGGCCGGGCCGUAGGAGGAGUUCUGUUCAGGAACCUUCCACUACGUAGUUCCUUUUUAACUAGUCGUUUUUAUAUUUAUUAAGUUGAAUGAUUUUGAAACCAAGCGGAUUGUUGUGCCUUUUUUAUAGGAUUUUAUUACAUUUUCGAUAAUUAAACUACAAUACGUACAGAUGUUUAUACGUUAAAGAUAUUGUGUAGCUUGAGAAUCUCUUAAUUUAAGCACUGAUUUCUACCAAAAGGGUGAUAUUUUGCUUCCUAAUACUCUUACUUGGAUUUUUAAGACUUAUAGAUUUAAUCCUGCGUAUAUGAAGAACGAGA